GCAACUGGAUAACAAUCGCAUCAGCUGCAUUGAAGAUGGAGCCUUCCGAGCGCUGCGCGACCUGGAGAUCCUCACCCUCAAUAACAACAACAUUAGCCGCAUCCUGGUCACGAGCUUCAACCACAUGCCGAAGAUCCGGACUCUGCGUCUUCACUCCAACCAUUUAUACUGCGACUGCCACCUGGCCUGGCUCUCAGAUUGGCUGCGCCAGCGGCGGACAAUUGGCCAGUUCACACUCUGCAUGGCUCCUGUGCACCUGAGGGGCUUCAAUGUGGCGGAUGUGCAGAAAAAGGAGUACGUGUGUUCAGGUGCCCACUCAGAGGCCCCAUCCUGCAAUGCCAACUCUCUCUCCUGCCCUUCCGCCUGCACCUGCAGUAACAGCAUCGUGGACUGCCGAGGAAAAGGGUUGACGGAGAUCCCCGCCAAUCUGCCAGAGGGCAUCGUGGAGAUACGUCUGGAACAGAAUUCCAUCAGAUCCAUCCCCGCAGGAGCCUUCACCCAGUACAAGAAACUGAAGCGAAUAGACAUCAGCAAGAAUCAGAUAUCGGACAUAGCUCCAGACGCCUUCCAGGGCCUGAAGUCGCUCACAUCGCUGGUACUCUACGGGAACAAGAUCACUGAGAUUGCCAAGGGACUCUUUGACGGAUUGGUGUCCCUGCAGCUGCUCCUCCUCAAUGCCAACAAGAUCAACUGCCUGCGGGUAAACACCUUCCAGGACCUGCAGAGCCUCACCCUGCUCUCCCUGUACGACAACAAGCUGCAGACCAUCAGCAAGGGGCUCUUCGCCCCUCUGCAGUCCAUCCAGACACUCCACUUAGCCCAAAACCCGUUUGUGUGCGACUGCCACUUGAAGUGGCUGGCUGACUACCUCCAGGACAACCCCAUCGAGACAAGUGGGGCCCGCUGCAGCAGCCCACGCCGGCUGGCCAACAAGCGCAUCAGCCAGAUCAAGAGCAAGAAGUUCCGCUGCUCAGGCUCCGAGGACUACCGCAGCCGGUUGAGCAGCGAGUGCUUCAUGGACCUCGUGUGCCCCGAGAAGUGCCGCUGUGAGGGCACCAUUGUGGACUGCUCCAACCAGAAGCUGGCCCGCAUCCCGAGCCACAUCCCCGAAUAUGCCACGGACCUGAGACUGAACGACAACGAGAUAUCUGUUCUAGAGGCCACGGGCAUCUUUAAGAAGUUGCCUAACCUGCGGAAAAUAAACCUGAGCAACAACAAGAUCAAGGAGGUGCGAGAGGGGGCCUUCGACGGGGCGGCCGGCGUGCAGGAGCUCAUGCUGACCGGGAACCAGCUGGAGGCCGUGCAUGGGCGCAUGUUCCGGGGCCUCAGCGGCCUCAAGACCCUGAUGCUGAGGAGCAACAUGAUCAGCUGCGUGGGCAAUGACACCUUCGCAGGCCUGAGCUCUGUGAGGCUGCUGUCCCUCUACGACAACCGGAUUACCACCAUCACCCCUGGGGCCUUCACCACGCUCGUCUCCCUGUCCACCAUAAACCUCCUGUCCAACCCCUUCAACUGCAACUGCCACCUGGCCUGGCUCGGCAGGUGGCUGAGGAAGAGGCGGGUUGUCAGCGGGAACCCCAGGUGCCAGAAGCCCUUCUUCCUCAAGGAGAUCCCCAUCCAGGACGUGGCCCUCCAGGACUUCACCUGUGACGGCAACGACGAGAGCAGCUGCCCGCUGAGCCCUCGCUGCCCAGAGCAGUGCACCUGCCUGGAGACCGUGGUGCGCUGCAGCAACAAGGGGCUCCGCGUGCUCCCCAAAGGCAUGCCCAAGGAAGUGACCGAGCUGUACCUGGAAGGAAACCACUUAACAGCUGUGCCCAGAGAGCUGUCCGCCCUCCGACACCUGACGCUUAUUGACCUAAGCAACAACAGCAUCGGCAUGCUGACCAAUUACACCUUCAGUAACAUGUCUCACCUCUCUACUCUGAUCCUGAGCUACAACCGGCUGAGGUGCAUCCCCGUCCACGCCUUCAACGGGCUGAGGUCUCUCCGCGUGCUGACCCUCCAUGGCAACGACAUUUCCACUGUUCCUGAAGGCUCCUUCAAUGACCUGACAUCCCUUUCCCACCUGGCACUGGGAACCAACCCACUGCACUGUGACUGCAAUCUGCGCUGGUUGUCGGAAUGGGUGAAGGCAGGGUACAAGGAACCUGGCAUCGCCCGCUGCAGCAGCCCCGAGCCCAUGGCCGACAGACUCCUGCUCACCACCCCCACCCAUCGGUUCCAGUGCAAAGGUCCAGUGGAUAUCAACAUUGCGGCCAAGUGCAAUGCCUGCCUCUCCAGCCCAUGCAAGAACAAUGGCACAUGCAGUCAGGACCCUGUGGAGCAGUACCGCUGCACCUGCCCCUACAGCUACAAGGGCAAGGACUGCACCGUGCCCAUCAACACCUGCAUCCAGAACCCCUGCCAGAACGGAGGCACCUGCCACCUGAGCGAGAGCCACAAGGAUGGGUUCAGCUGCUCCUGUCCUCUGGGCUUCGAGGGGCAGCGCUGUGAGAUCAACCCCGACGACUGUGAGGACAACGACUGCGAGAACAAUGCCACCUGCGUGGACGGGGUCAACAACUACGCGUGCGUGUGCCCCCCCAACUUCACAGGUGAGCUGUGUGACGAGGUGAUUGACCAUUGUGUGCCUGAGAUGAACCUCUGUCAGCAUGAGGCCAAGUGCAUCUCCCUGGACAAAGGAUUCAGGUGUGAAUGCRUCCCUGGCUACAGCGGGAAGCUCUGUGAGACAGACAAUGACGACUGCUCGGCUCACAAGUGUCGCCAUGGAGCCCAGUGUGUGGACGCAGUCAAUGGCUACACGUGCAUCUGCCCCCAGGGCUUCAGUGGACUCUUCUGCGAGCACCCCCCGCCCAUGGUUCUGCUGCAAACCAGCCCCUGUGACCAGUAUGAGUGCCAGAACGGGGCUCAGUGCAUCGUGGUGCAGCAGGAGCCCACCUGCCGCUGUCCCCCGGGCUUUGCUGGCCCCAGAUGCGAGAAGCUCAUCACUGUGAACUUCGUGGGCAAGGACUCCUACGUGGAACUGGCCUCCGCCAAGGUCCGGCCACAGGCCAACAUCUCUCUGCAGGUGGCCACUGACAAGGACAAUGGCAUCCUUCUCUACAAGGGAGACAAUGAUCCCCUGGCGCUGGAGCUGUACCAGGGCCACGUGAGGCUGGUCUAUGACAGCCUGAGUGCCCCUCCAACCACGGUGUACAGUGUGGAGACAGUGAAUGAUGGGCAGUUUCACAGUGUGGAGCUGGUGAUGCUGAACCAGACCUUGAACCUGGUGGUGGACAAAGGAGCCCCCAAGAGCCUGGGCAAGCUCCAGAAGCAGCCUGCCGUGGGCAUCAACAGCCCCCUCUACCUUGGAGGCAUCCCCACCUCCACCGGCCUCUCGGCCUUGCGCCAGGGCGCGGACCGACCCCUGGGUGGCUUCCACGGCUGCAUCCACGAGGUGCGUAUCAACAACGAGCUGCAGGACUUCAAGGCCCUCCCGCCACAGUCCCCAGGGGUCUCACCGGGCUGCAAGUCCUGCACCGUGUGCCGGCAUGGCCUGUGCCGCUCCGUGGAGAAGGACAGUGUGGUGUGUGAGUGCCACCCAGGCUGGACUGGCCCGCUGUGCGACCAAGAAGCCCGGGACCCCUGCCUUGGUCACAGCUGCAACCAUGGAAAAUGUGUGGCCACCGGAAGCUCAUAUGUGUGCAAGUGUGUCGAGGGCUAUGGAGGGGCUUUGUGUGACCACAAGAACGACUCUGCCAAUGCCUGCUCAGCCUUCAAGUGCCACCACGGGCAAUGCCACAUCUCAGACCAAGGGGAGCCCCACUGCCUGUGCCAGCCAGGCUUUAGUGGGGAGCACUGUGAGCGAGAGAACCCAUGCCUGGGGGAGGUGGUCCGUGAGGCCAUCCGCCGCCAGAAAGGCUACGCAUCCUGUGCCACAGCCUCCAAGGUGCCCAUCAUGGAAUGUCACGGGGGCUGCGGGUCCCAGUGCUGCCAGCCCAUCCGCAGCAAGCGGCGGAAAUACGUCUUCCAGUGCACAGACGGCUCCUCGUUCGUGGAGGAGGUGGAGAGACACUUGGAGUGUGGCUGCCACCCGUGUUCCUGAGCCCCGCCUGCUGCCUCUCAGACUCCAGCUCGUGGGGUCAGGGACAGCCACGGGCCCCUGUAGAUUUUGGAAUGAAGGAGAGGAAGCAAAAGAAGAAGAGAAUAUUAAGUAUAUUGUAAAAUAAACAAAAAAAUAGAACUUAUUUUUAUUAUGGAAAGUGACUAUUUUCAUCUUUUAUUAUAUAAAUCUAUCACGCCGUCUGAGUAUAUGUACUAUAUCGUGAGUUAUUUUUACCGAGGUUUGUUUUGUGUUGUGUAUUUGUUGUGUUUUUAUAAACAGCUGUUUAA